UUACUUUCUAAAUUCAUUCCAAAAAUUCUCUCAAUUAGUUUUCGAUUCUCCGCCGCAAUAACCCAUUAAAGAAAUGGCCUCAAUUUCUACUCCCUACGUUCCCUCUGUUUUUCCCAACUCACGAUUGCCGACGACCCAACUCCGGCAUGCCGGGUAUCGGUCUCCAGUUGUCGCGUUGGCAUUUUCCGGUCACCGUGUGUCCAGUUCUAUUCCGUUUAGGAAUGGAUCGUAUGCGGUUGGAGAUUUCAUGACAAAGAAGGGGAAUUUGCAGGUUCUUAAGCCUUCCACGAGUGUUGAGGAAGCCUUGGAAGUUCUGGUGGAGAAGAGUCUAUCUGGGUUUCCUGUAGUUGAUGACGAUUGGAAACUGGUUGGCGUUGUCUCAGAUUAUGAUUUGUUAGCAUUGGACUCAAUUUCAGGUGUGGGUGGUGGUGACAUCAUUAAUAUAUUUCCAGAUGUUAACUGUAGCUGGGAAAGCUUCAAGUUGAUACAGAAAUUGUUGAGCAAAAAGAAUGGAGAAGUUGUAGGAGAUUUAAUGACACCUGCUCCAUUGGUUGUUAGUGAAACCAUGAACUUUGAAAAUGCUGCCAGACUAUUGCUUGAAACAAAGUUCCAUCGUUUACCCGUGGUAGAUUGUGAAGGAAAGUUGGUGGGAAUCAUUACAAGAGAAGACAUAGUCAGAGUUGGCUUAGAGAUGAAACGCACACAAGAAGAUACAUUUUGAAGUUCAAAGAAUCAAACAAAUAAUGUUAUCACCCAUUAUUUUUUAUAGACACAUAACAAUUUUGACUCUCAUUUAAUGUGUAGCAUCAUUCAUUUAUCCCAUACCUUAUUGAUAUGUAUUUUCAUGUAUAAUUUAUUAAUUUUAUUUUUUAUAGUUUAUUGAGUGAUUCCAAACUUUUAUAUGACUAAAGAUUGAUAAAUUGUGAUUUGAUUAGCUAUGGAUGCACCAUAAUAUUUUUCUA